GCCCACGCAUCCCGCCUUGCGUUGUCGCUUCGCUGCGCUUCGGCCUUGCCCCUUCCCUCAUUUCCAACUUUGCAUCCAAAACCGGUGAACUUCUCCCGUUCUCGUUCUCUUUCCAAAACAUCGAGCGACCGAACAAACAUCGCGAUUCAUCUGCAACCACUUCCCAACCCGCCAUCUUUCCCACACACAGCUUCUUGUCGGCAUUCCGCCAUUUUACUAGAUUUCACGAGAUAUCUCCUCGAUCGUCAACAUGGGUCACGAAGAUGCUGUCUAUCUGGCCAAGCUGGCCGAGCAGGCCGAGCGCUACGAGGAGAUGGUUGAGAACAUGAAGAUUGUUGCCUCCGAAGACCGCGAUCUUACCGUCGAGGAGCGGAACCUCCUGUCGGUUGCCUACAAGAACGUUAUUGGCGCUCGCCGUGCGUCGUGGAGGAUCGUCACCUCGAUUGAGCAGAAGGAGGAGUCCAAAGGCAACACCACCCAGGUUGCCCUCAUCAAGGAAUACCGCCAGAGGAUCGAGUCCGAGCUCGCCAAGAUCUGCGAGGAUAUUCUCGGCGUCCUGGACAAGCACCUGAUUCCCUCCGCCAAGACUGGAGAGUCCAAGGUGUUCUACCACAAGAUGAAGGGUGACUACCACCGCUACCUCGCCGAGUUCGCCGUCGGCGAGAGGCGCAAGGACUCGGCCGACAAGUCUCUCGAGGCCUACAAGGCCGCCACCGAGGUUGCCCAGACCGAGCUGCCGCCUACCCACCCCAUCCGCCUGGGUCUUGCCCUGAACUUCUCCGUCUUCUACUACGAGAUCCUGAACGCACCCGACCAGGCUUGCCACCUGGCCAAGCAGGCGUUUGAUGAUGCCAUUGCUGAGCUCGACACAUUGAGUGAGGAGAGCUACAAGGACAGCACCCUCAUCAUGCAGCUCCUCCGCGACAACCUGACUCUCUGGACCUCUUCCGAGGCGGAGCCCCCCGCUGCUGGUCAGGCCGAAGCCCCUCCGGCCGAGGAGUCGAAGGCGGAGCCGUCUGCGGAGGAGCCCAAGGCCGAGUAAGCGGCGUCAUAGAUGUUCUCUCUCGAUAGUGAUAACCCCGGUUUGGCAAAUCCCUUGGUGGAAACGGUGUCUUUGGAGCGCGGACUGGUGAUCCCCACGUAACUUUGCAUGUUUUUCACGGCAGAUACACAAGACUUGGUGGGCGGUUUAUCGCGGCAGUUGAGGGCUCAGGUGCAGCACUUGGGGGGUCCCGUUUCCUUUCUCAGAUUGCUUGCUUCUUAGACUCUGACUGGCGAGGAUCGCCUGGGCAAGAAAUAAAACCGCGUGGUCAAUAAUAGACCUGAUUGGCCGGCGACUUCUUUUUCGUAUCCCCAAUGGGAUGUGAUGUGCAACCUGUCAACCA